AUGAGGCCAAACAGGUCUCCAGAGGAGAGCACUGAGGGAGAUGCUGGGAGAACAGAAAGUAAGCCCACGGUGAGAGAUGCUUUCAAAGACAUCUCCGUAUACUUCUCCAAGGAACAAUGGAAAGAGAUGGGAGAAUGGGAAAAAAUCCGAUAUAGGAAUGUGAAAAGAAACUACGAAGCACUGAUUGCUAUAGGUUUCAGAGCCACUCAACCGGAUUUCAUGCAUCACCGCAGGCAGGUCAUCAAACCUCAGGUAGAUGACACUGAAGAUUCUGAUGAAGAAUGGACACCAAGGCAGGAAGGUAAACCUUCAUCAAUGGCCUUCAGAGUGGAGCACAGUAAACACAAGAAGAGAAUGUCCAGGGCACCAUUAAGUAAGGAAUCUAGUUUGAAAGAAUUGCCGGGAGCAGCAAAAUCGCUGAAGACAAGUGGCUCCAAGCAGGCUCAGAAACCAGUGCCCCAUCACAGAAAAGCAAGGACCCCUGAACAGCACCCCAGACACAAAGUCGAACUCAGAAGAAAGGAGACUGGAGUGAGGAGGUACAGUCUACAGGAAAGAAAGGGCCACGUGUACCAAGAGGUCAGCGAGCCCCAGGAUGACGACUACCUCUAUUGUGAGGAGUGUCAGAACUUCUUCAUCGACAGCUGUGCUGCCCAUGGGCCCCCAACCUUUGUAAAGGGCUGUGCAGUGGAAAAGGGGCAUGCCAACCGCUCAGCCCUCACUCUGCCCCCUGGGUUAAGCAUCAGACUGUCGGGCAUCCCUGACGCUGGGCUUGGAGUGUGGAACGAGGCGUCCGAUCUGCCGCUGGGCCUGCACUUUGGCCCCUAUGAGGGCCAGAUCACAGACAAUGAAGAGGCCGCCAACAGUGGAUACACCUGGCUGAUCACCAAAGGGAGGAACUGCUACGAGUAUGUGGAUGGAAAGGACACGUCUUGGGCCAACUGGAUGAGGUAUGUGAACUGUGCCCGGGACGACGAGGAGCAGAACCUGGUGGCCUUCCAGUAUCACGGGCAGAUCUUCUACCGAACCUGCCAGGUGGUCAGGCCGGGCUGUGAGCUGCUGGUCUGGUACGGGGACGAGUAUGGUCAGGACCUUGGCAUCAAUCGGGAGAGCAGGGGGAAGAGUGAGCUCGCGGCCGGGAGAGAACCAAAGCCCAAGAUCCACCCAUGUGCCUUCUGCUCUCUGGCCUUCUCCAGUCAGAAAUUCCUCAGCCAACACACCCAACGCACUUUCACCUGCUGGGUGCCCGCCAGUGAGGGGCCCCAAGACACCAAGCUGGGGUUGGCGAUGGGGGAGCUGGAUGCCAGGGAACCCGAGACCCUGCAGCAGGUGGAGGGCUGA